AAGUGUUUUCAAGUAAUAGUAGAAGUUGUUUUCCUUACCGUCGAGGUACUGUAAACGUACACGUUUAUUACUUUGCAGAAGGUUUACGUAAUACGCAUGAUAAUAAUCAUGCUUUAAGCACGUUUUCUGGACGGACGCCGGGUUAAGGCCACAGGAUGUUUACGUUUACGGCUGAGUUCCUGUUAUACAAGUGUUAUGCAAGUAUUUUUCUUAUAAAGGUAUCGCACAGGUGUCUUGGAACAUCAUCCGUCGUGAAAGAAGCUUAAAGUAUCAACUGUUCGGAACAACUUUGAGCCUUCAAGAUGUUGAGUCUGAUUUUCCUGACGACUGUGGCCAGCCUUGUUACAGCUGUACAUGUUCCCACCCGGACAUUCCCGCCAACUUUCUGUCACGGACAGGACUGUCCCAGAUACACCGUGGUCUCGUCCACUGCCGAUUAUGAAGAGCGCCUGUACGAACCGGCUAAGUGGACCAGCGCCAGUGUCACCGGUACGUACAGUGCCGCCGUGAGCGCGGGUUUCGGGAAACUGUUCCAGUACAUCUCCGGAAACAACAAGGACCAGGCUAAGAUCCCAAUGACUGUACCCGUGCUGACCAAGAUACAACCGGGACAGGACUUCAUCGUGUCGUUCUUCGUGCCAUACGCUGACCAGGCCAGCCCGCCCGAACCGUCCGAUCCCGAUGUUUUCACCAACCCUCUGCCACAAAUGACGGCCUAUGUCAGGCAUUUUAGUGGGUACGCCGGAGAUGCCGACUGGGUCGCAAACGCAAACGCCUUGGCCAAAAGUCUGGACAACGCCACAAUCAGCUACCACAGGGAUUUCUACUACACAGCCGGAUAUAACAGCCCCUUCCAACCAGUAGACAGGCAUAACGAAGUCUGGUUCAUUAAGUCUGAUUAACUGACAACAACUAUUUAUUGUAUUCUGUUUUCUCAUAAUAAAAAUGUAUUACAUCCAUA